AUGGCAGCUGUAGAGGCGUCCCAUCAUGGCGGCUCAUGCCAUGAACAGAAAUUCCCCAUGUGGGUCGUCAGCAUGUCGGAGCUGCAAGAGAUGCGAGCCCCCAUGCACCCGCAUGAACAGCUCCUACAAUCGGGCCAGGUAAUUCUGCAUGAGUCGAGUUUCCACACCAUCUUCGUCUCGCAUCAGUGGCUGGGAAGACACCAUCCGGACCCGGAGGGGAAGCAGCUUGCAGUACUCCAGCAUGCUGUGCGUGGCUUCAUUUCCGGUGCGCUCCGGCUGGAAACAGAUGUGGUCACUACAUUCUUCCACGGGAAUCGUAUGUUCUCCGCCGAUGAGCGAAGAGCAAUUCGGGAUGGGUAUGUUUGGCUGGACUGGUUCUGCAUUCCGCAAGAUAAGAAGCGCGGUCCUGACCGGCUCCGAGCCAUCAAGUCGAUACCAUCCUAUGUUGACUCUUGCAAUGUGUUCGUGUCCUUAGUCCCUCGGGUUCCUCACGAGUCUGGCAACCUGUGUGACUACGAGUCCUGGUGUCGCAGAGGAUGGUGUUUGGCUGAGCUUUGGUGUGCACAGCUGGCCAAUAGAAGCAGCCUGCCCAUGAUUGCCGUGCAUGGCGAGGAUGAUGUCGAGUUUGUCAUGGCUCAACACUGGAUUUACCUGCGCCCCUACGAGGGGGAGUUCUCGUUGGAAAGCGAUCGGAGUGCCGUCCAGCACAUGGUUCAGAUCUCUUUAGAGUCUCGCAUCUCUUGUCUUGAGGAGCACAAGACUCAGCCGGGUCUUUGCAGAUACCUGAAAGCGAGGUUGCACGACUGGGGUGGUGGCCAAGCUCAACAUCUUCAAGAGAGUGAAGAAUGUUUCCUGGAACACUUCGGAUUCCGAAACCUGGCAGAAGGGCUACGGGUUCGAGAUGUGGGUGCCCUGGCGUGCGCGAUCCUCUCAGACAACGUGCCGAUGGUGUGGAGACUCCUACAGGCCAAGGCCCCCAUGCACGUGUUCUGCCGGCCAAUGCUCAGCGUCGACGUCUUGGCUUGGACCCCCCUGCACUUAGCGGUACAACGUGGCUCGCGCGCGCUGCCCAUGCUUGCAGAGCUCUUCAGACUGAGGGCAGAUCCCAAUGCGACUGAUUCGGUUGGCAACUCGCUGCUGGGAACCAGCCCAGAUGCCAGCACAGUGGAAUUCUUGGUUCAGAACCGUGCCGAUGUGAACCUGCGCACAGGGCUGAGUUUUAACUCCCCGCUUCAGUACUGUUGUGCUAAAGCACCACCAGUGCAAGUUGUGGCCAAGUUGCUAGAGCUGCGUGCAGACGUCAAUGCCAGAUCGGGAGGCCUUGGCAAUCCAGCCCUUUCGAAUCUAGCUUUCUUUUCCCGGCCCGUGCAGGCUAGAGGCGUGGAGCUAGCAACCGUUCUCGUUACUGCACGAGCAGAUGUCAAUGCCCAAGGUCGUUCAGGAGGGUUUUUUCGCGUGCUGGAAGUGUCAUGCCGGGGAGCGCACAUGGUGGGGCAGACAGGCGUGUUUGCCUCCUUCUUUGCAAAUAUUGGUUCCAGCCCGCUGGCCUUUGCGGCUCUAUGCGGGAACGAACGGAUGGUGUCGUUCUUGCUUUCAGCCAAGGCCAAUCCGGACCUCCCCAACUUUCGAGGACGUUCUCCCAGGCAGCUUGCCGACCACCGAGUCCGGCACCUCUUUACGGACAGUAUGGAAGGCUUGCACAAUGAAUCUCAGCGUGAUGUAGAUGAAUGGGAUCUCCCAACGGAGUGCACCCCAGAGCCUUUGAAAAGCGAUGGAUUUCGGGGGUUCCGGCCUGACUUGGCCCGCUCCGCUCCUCCUUACCUUCCAGCUCAUAGUUGUUGUUUUAGGUCAGGAUGUGAGGAAGUACUCCCAGCCUCUUAA